UGUGAAACAUGUAAGGUAGGCGCCAUCUUUGAUCACCAACCGCAGAACGGAAACCAAGCUCAACCGUAUUAGAACUGGACAUACAAAACUGAAAGACCACAUGUUCAAGAUCAGGGCAAGCGAUAGUCCCCUCUGCGAUUGUGGACUUGCCAAUGAGACCGUGGACCACAAGAUCUUCCAUUGCUCACGACUCAGGGUUAGCAGGGAGAAGAUGACCGACACGAUCGGGAUUCAGAUGCAACAUUCACAUUAACAAUGCCUGCCCCAUCCAGUGUCGUGAAACAACUUUGGGAGACAACACUUGAUCAUAACUUCAAUACCCUCAAUGUUGCAAGUGUUUUCAGGCAUUCAGGGCUGCAUCUUAUAGUUGGGUGUGAAGAUGGAACUAUAAGAAUAUACAACUUGCCUUUGCAACAAACCAAGAACAGUAUAAAGAAGUUUGCAUUUUGCUUGCAGCUGAAGUCACAGCUGGACAGUAAAGGCGGACCGAUCCAGAUGAUGGCGGUUCAUGACGUCACGCGAUUCUCUAGCAACGAUCUGCUCGUCGCGGAUUCUCACGGAACGUUGACGGUGUUCUGUAACGAGCAGAUUCUUCAUCGUCAGCGUCUGUCCGACAGCAGCAUCAACUGUCUCCAAGUAGAACAGGAUGCGUCUGGGAAGAUCACUAUAGUAGCAAGCGAUGGAGACGGUUGUCUCCUAGCAACGCAUCCGCACAAAGAACUGUGGAAAAUCCGUCUACCUGAUAUCAUGACUGAGAAGAGCUUGAGAAGCAAACCAGUAGUUACAGCGCUGUUGUGCGUGCAGACAGUGGCACCUGAUGGCAAGCAGAUCAACUACAUCUUAGCGAGUGACAGUUACAGUAAUGUGCACGUGCUACAGCAGGGAAAGCUGGUGAUGAGCAUUCCAACACCAAGCAGAGUCAACGCUAUGUGCUGUGGAAGGUUCAAGAUGUCAGCCGCCGGUGACUCAGACAUGGGCGCCACCGCCGCCGGUGCAGGAAGCAAACUACAGGUGGCGCUAGCAACCGACACAGGCGUGAUUUACAUAAUGGAGGAAUUUCAGCUGUGUGAGACGGAGUAUUGCGCGGUGGGGUCGCCCGUCACACAGCUAUGCCGACUCUCCGCGCGAGAGCUGGGAAACGCCGACGUACUCCUGGCGGCCGGUCACUACAACGCUCUUGCCAUCUAUCAGGACGGAAAGUUGAAGGUGAAGCAUCAGACGUCAGACUGGAUUUGUUCUGUGAUCGCAGCAGACAUGGAUAAUGACAAUCAUGUUGCAGUUGUUGUAGGUUGCUAUGAUAGAACGAUCAGCGCUCUAAGAAUAAAUAUCUAAGAGCGACGCUAGCGUAGUUGUAUUGUAAACAUGUCGGCACGUAAUCGUGUUAAGCUAAUGCCUUUGUUUAGUAUGAGUAAAACAUAACCGUGGCAUUUCAGGAUGUAAAUAUGUAUAAAUAAAUAUUUUCUAUAAACUUUUAA